UCCAUGCGAUUAAUCGCGAUUAAAUAUUUUAAUCGUUGCCCAGCACUAAUAAAUAUACAUGUAGAGUAACAUUCCAACCCCUCAGAUAGAGCAUAUCGAUCCACUAUCAUACAUAUAUCUCCAGGCCACAUAUAGGUCUUUGAGCUGGCGAGGAGAAAGCAAAAGAUUCUGUGUGUUCAACACUUGAGAGGACGCUCUCCCUCAGCACAAACACAAAUAGGACAUACCAGCUGGUUUCAGCUUUGGUCUGUUUAUCUCACGUGGGAUUAGAAGAUACGUACUCGGAUAGCAAGCAGUUUGUUGUAUGCAACCUCCUAUGCUUCCGUGCUUGACACCGCCUUUUUUCAUCCGUGUCAUUAAUACACCUCACACUAGCUGCUGAGUGUACUUUAUAUCCACAGCGUGGUCAUUUCUGUCUUCUUCAAAUCAACAGAAACGCAGGAACCUUCCUCUUUGGUAAGGCUUUGGUCUCUACUCACAGCUGUCUGCUCGUAGCAUUCUGUCGAAAAAAGGGCCCAGUCGGGAGAAGAGGUAUUGGCUGCUGGGCUGGAGGGCGGGCUGACAUUUUAAGGGGUUACGAUCUCGUUCUGCUCCCCUCAGCAACCAGCUCUUUGUUUGGUGGCACGCUGCACAGACAGCCGAGCUGCAGCUCUGUUAGAACUGAAGGUCUGACUUCACUGUAAGGUCAGACAGAAGAAAUAUCAGUUGCUUUGUUACAUGGAUGCAUUGCUUGUAGUGUCAAUAAUGAGCGUUGCUUUCAGGAUAUAUGAUGUGCAUCCUGUCGUUUUUGUGUCUGUAGAUAAUAGAAAACACAGGUGAAGUCGUAAAACCUUCAUUUUGAUGGCAAAUUCAUAUAGCGUGUGCUUCUAAACUUCCUCAAGAAUUCUGAAAGGUUUUUCUAGGAACACUCAUGUCCCUCAGGUGCACAGUGCUGUGCUUACGCUGUCCACAGCGGCAUUAAUUGAAAUUUGCCUCAAAUAUUAAUGCAAUGAUGCAUUUCGUGCAAAUUGACAACAACUCUCCCCCUCCGUGCAUAUGCUGUGCUGGCAGUGUGCAGCGCAGCAAUGAGAUGCAAAGUGACAUUAUUGCUUCCAGCAGCAUCUUUCUUGCAGCAUGUGAGGGGCCGCUGCACAGACGUCUGGCUUUUCUUUCAGUUUAGAGAAGGAUUAAGAAGGAAAAGUUUUUUUUGUGGGAGUGUCAGUACUUGUACAUGGCUUGAUUACAGACUUUGGAGUGUCCCACUCUCUUUGUGCCUUACGUUGGUGUUUGUCUCUUCACAGUCUUGCAUUUCUCGCUGUUGGUCUUUCCAUCUUCUUGCCACUGGAAGCGGGGGCUCAGCAUUGAUUUCUUCGGGUGUCAGGUCACAGCAAAUAAAUGCCAUCUGUAGGUCCUAAAGGCAGGGGAAGUCCCACUAGUGAAUAGAGCAUAAUGGAUGGAUAAGGAGUGAUUUGGCACACUCUCAGGUGGAGACAGACGUAGAUGGAGCUCUCAGGAAUCAAAAUGGCUUAAUUUGAUGAGCUGGUGCAGGGUGAAGAGCUCUCGCUUGAACAUGUCGUCCCAGGCACUGAUUGAAACACGUCAUACAUACACACAGGGCCCGCCUAUCAUAUCGUCUAGAUGGCGGUGUAUAAGCGUGUACAUGCGCACGUCUGCUGCCCUGAGCACUGGUGAGGCACAUACACAAUCACCACAAGUACAAGCUUGCCAUUGUGACUGCAGGAGGAGGAGGGACAGAGAUUGAGGCUGGCUGACGGACCGAUAGGAAGGCUGAAUAGCAAGUGGAGCUUCCAGUCUGCAUUGAAAUGCACUGAUUGAAUCUUGUGCUCUCAAGCAAGGACUUUGAAAUUGUUGAAGUGCUUAGUUUGUAGUUUGGUGAGACAUUAUGAUAUCCCAUUACAUGAAUGUUCCAUGCCACUUAAGUGUGCUGUGUUAUGAAGCAAGCUAAUGGAUUGUGUUGAUUAUUCGGUACUGAUGCAAGGUGGAAAUGAUCUGUUUCUGUCGAAUUGUGCUCAUUUGUUCCUCCAACAUACAAUUACUCCAAGUCUAAUGUAACAAGUGUAUCGAAUCGCUGUAUUUUUUCGGUUUCUGUCUUUAUUUAUUAGAUGACAUCAACAGAGCAACAACACUGUUUUGAAUAUGUCUGGUUUCAGUGUUUCCAUCUUGUUGUAUAUUAAAAGAGCAAAUAGCAAUUAUUUUAGGAAAAAACUGACAUUUUUCUUCUCACCAUAACUGAGAGGGUGGCUUGACAUUUUGCUGUGCACAUGCUUGUGAAUAAGUACUGGGUAAGAAUGAACGCCAUCUUUUAUUAACUGUCUUCUGUGUUUUGGCAGCCCUUUGUUGCAGCACUUGCUCUGUUGGCUCUGAGAUUGGUAAACACACAGAGGGCAGAAUGAGUAGUGAACAUGCAAUGGUUAGUGUUUUUGCAUACACACACACACACACACACACACACACACACACUCAUGUGCUCUAGAGAUGGGGAUCAUAGGGUGUUUAUCUACCAGUGUUGAACACAGCAGCUUAAGCCAGUUGGUGCUUGGCCCUGCUAACUGCAGCUCGGCUCACACACUAGUGAUGAAGCCACAAUUAGCUCGACCGAGCCGUAUGUCCAAGCCAGAAUGUACGAUUUUGUUCUCUGCCUGGAAUAAUCCAAAAUAUUCUCUCCAGCAGAGAAGGGAUCACACUUACUUGAGGUUUGAGUAACUUCAUUUGUGUUUUACCAACAAGCACACAUCUUUUGUCCAACCCUUGCUGGACAGGUCUCUUGCCACUAUUUUGUUGAUCAGGCUCAUGUUUCAUGUUCCAACGGUCUUUUUGAUCUCUGGACUAGUGCCACCGACUAAGCUGUGAAGGGAGCUAGUCCUCCACAAGAAGGAUGCAUUGAAUCAGUGACUGAGAUCAACUGUCUCAUUCAUAUGUUGUCUGAUUUUCAACACCACUAAUCAACUUAAAUGCUUAUAUUUAUAAAAUAUCUUGCAUUUUGUUCAGUGUAACUGGACCGUCUGCCUUGAUGCAACGUUAUUUCCACAGGUACAGUGUUUAUUAGGACUUCAUUUUCAAUUUACUUAAAGAAGGAUUUUGUGUUGGGAUAUCAGGCGCUUAGAUGUGCUUAUAUCUAGACGUGUUUUACUUUCAACAAUCACACAGAAGUAAUUACACCAUAAAAGAAGAGAUAUACCACAGAUGCCAGUUCCUCCAUUGACAGUAGCCUGAAACGACCAGAACAUUGUGUCGAAUAGCGUAAUAUUGUGACAGCAUACUGCAUGCAUGUAAGCUCUCUUUUGGAAGCUGUGUUUUUUGGGAUCGUGGAAGGCAUUCUGUCAAAUGGAGGAAAUCAGAAGUCUAAGGAGAAACAGACAAGGCAGGUUAUAGACUAAAAUAUAGACUCUUGGAAUUCAUCGAACAUAAAUUAAUAUGAUAUUAUGGUGUGUAAAGUUUUUUUGUUACUGUUUUUUCGUUAACAGAAUCAGUGUUUGUACUGUAUUCUGACAUCUACAUAAACUCACAUUUGCAAAAUAUAAUAGCCGUAAAAUAGAAGCUGCCUUUUAAAGCUUAUCUAAGAGACUGUAUAGUAUACCCUGCUGUUAACAUUGGUGUGCACGUAUAGGAUUUGCUGCUGGACCACAUUGCAGUUACGAAGGAGAUGCAGUGUAAAGACCAGAGUGUAAGUGUUUGUACAGUAUGUUCACCUCCCACCUGCUGUGUAUCUGCCUUGCAUGUGGGCGAUCAUGGCUCACGAUGGAGACAAUUAUCUCAUCUAUAACUCAUCCGCUUACUGUAAUGUGAUUACGUAUAUACAUGUACAUCACGGAAAAAAUAGUACAUUUGCAUUUAACAGUGGACGUUAUGGAAAAGAAACUCUGUAUCAAAUGGCAAAUGAGCUUGUGACGAUGGAAAGCAAUUGUGCAUCAUUUUUCAUCGUCUGUGCGACAUUCAGAAGUAUUCUCGGAGUAAAGGCUCCAAGUUUCCAUUGUUGAGUCUUGUAGAGCCACUCACGGUGAGUCUUUUCUCACUUUCUAAUCAGCCAACUGGUGGUUAAAGUAGUGAGUCUUCAAAUAGCGUUCAACAUAAAAAAGGAAGUAGUGGGUGGGGAGUUGUUAUGCAGCAUUAGCAUGCAUAGUGUAGGGUGGCUUUGCAUUUAAUUAUUUUUGAGGCAGAGUCAAAAACAGCUGUGUCUGUAGGCUUUUUUUAUUGUUUCACAAGAGAUCGGUGAGAGAAGGUUAAUUGGAUUUAAACAGCCUGCAGCAGAAUUCACAGAGGUAGGUUCAUUAUCUUGUGGUGGUUGUACGACUUGAUUGACAGCUGCUAAUGAUUGAUUUAGUAAAGUGGUAAUAGUUGUAUACCCAGAACACAGAUACUACAUUUUAAAUGUCUAACCAUCAGCAAUGUACGUCUCUCAGUGGGGUUCAUCCAACAGCUCCCCCGGGGGCCUCAUUUAUAACAGUCGGUCCAGCGUUCAUGCUUGCAUCCAAAUUACAGCUGUUAUUUAUGAAAAAUGUAUUUGAGCUGGCAUGUAGGUGAUUCGUUUAUUUGAUAUCAUACUGUAUAGCUGCAGUGUCUGUGGACCAGUGUUGUUGAAGGAGAAGUCAGUAGAGCGUCCUCCAGUGCUUGUGCAGUCAGAUGAUUAAGAAACAAUUCCUUUGUCUGUCUUUUACUGUCUACAAACGGGCCCUUGUAAAUACGGAGGGACUGCAGGCAGAAUGCUCAUGGGUCAGUGGACCAUAGGAGGCAAAAGAAGCAGUGUGUUUGAGUGCUGUUGUGAAUGCAGUUAGGAUACUACACAACUUGACUCUGCUUAGUUACUAUUACGCCUGCUGCUCAGCUGUGUAAUAGGAAGACCGAAAGCAGAAACAUCUGAGAGAAAAUGAGGCCGUAGCUGAUGGUUGCAAGGCCACCCGUUUUCCACGCGGUCUAAAACUGUAAAAGUGUUGACACCACAAGAUCAAAGAUGCAGCCUGCAGUGAACAUCGUGUGUUCACUUCUGACACAAAGUUAGUAGCGUUCACACUCCGACCAGUUACCAGGUGUGGAAACACACAGUGUGUACUCUCAAUAUUGUAAUUGAGCAGCAUUUUCAAGAGCCUUUUGGUAAACUCGAAAAUUGGUUAUUCUCCUUUUACUCACAGGUUUUUGUUAUAAAGUAUUUUCUCUCAGGUAUAAUAGUAGUCAUUAAGUAAUAGUCUUGCAUUAAAAACUUCACUUGAGUAAAUUUACAGAGGUAUUGUGGAACACUGAGGAGUACUUUAGUUCAUACAGGAGGAGGCUGUAGAGCGAUUAAGUCAUUCAUUCAAAAGGUUGGUGGUGUGAUCCCCAGCUUUUCAUCGCCAAGUAUGGAAGAGUCUUUGAGCAAUACGCUGAACUACAAUGCCCAUUAGGAGUGUCUGCCAAAUGGGAUGUAUUUAUAACUUUUAAACUUGCAUGGGCCUUUCAUUUUGACUUUUAGGAAAAUCUUUUUUCAACGCUUCAACUAGUCAAGUAACCUCUGCUCAGGUGGAAUAUUCUCGUGUUAUUUCCUGCCAUGCUAAUUACAUUUGUAAUAGUCAUCACUAACAUGUCGGCCUAGCAGCGGUGGUUGAAGUAGUGAUAGUGUAUAACUAUGUAACUACUAUUAUAUAACUCAUGGAUAAUAGUCAGCAUCAAAUUUGCACUAAAAUCUGCUCAACUUGCUGUCAUUUUAAGUGAGGAACUGCUCUAAUUUCAAAGGUAACACAUAGUGCUGUGGUUAACGUUGCUGUGAUAGAUUGUACACAUAAAGAGAGGACACAUACAGUAUAUAGACAUUUUUACUGUUGGUGUGAAUUAUGCAUGGCACUGAAGGAUAUUUCAGUCCCACUUAGGAGGGCUUAGACGCUAACUCCUCGGCAGUGUUCUGCUGAAAGGGUGAAGAGAGGCGUCGGUAGUGGCAGAAUAUCCUCUGUUGCUCUGUGUGGCUGCUCUCACACUCUUCUCUCUCGGGUUUCCAUGUGCGUUUGUCUCCACACACUGAUAAUCUCAUCUCUCCGCCUGCUGUGUCAUGCAGGAUCAUCCUGGAUCACAGCGACUCGUACAGUGACCUCCUCCGCAUUUACUGGCAUCAGCGCGUUUGCGUUUCGUUACAUAAAAAGCAAAGAUCGUGAGGCUAGCGCUGCACUUUCUUUACUGCGUCAGUGUUGGUGUCACAUAAACAUCUGCACCUUACUUUGAGAAGCUGAAAAUGUGAUUACGCCUUCAGAAGGUGCGGUCUUAGAAGAAACGGUGCUGCUGCCUAAACUUCAGGCUGUUUUCAGCUGUUUUAAGGAAAUGUUCAUGAAGAAGAAGUUAGGCAGCUUUAUAGGGCUCUUACAACAGCUGACUGGUGUAGUUACACAUAUCACCAGGCAGAUUAAAACCCUGUUCUAAAAGUACUCAAGCAAUGACAUCAAUGAUGUAAUUUCACAUUUUAGUAAAAAGAUUAGUCUUUAAUUUUCAACCGAUGAUUAAAUGUUGGCUGUUCACGAGCAAUGCUCUACUGAUGAAUAGUCAGUAGACCAAGUAGUUUCUAAAUGACACAUGAUGAAAGUAAUGGCUUGAGGGGUAAUUUUUAAAUUUGAAUAUUAACUCUGAUGCAGUCACAGGUGUGUGUGGCCGUCGGGUGUGUUACAGCAGCUUCAAAUUGAGCUCAGUCGAUCAGAACUAAGGGCCUUAACUUUCUGUUUCAGGUUGAUAACUUUCCAUAUGUGUGUGUGUGUGUAUGUGUUUCAGGGUUCUCUGCCUCCCCGGUGUCUUCCUCUCCUGUGCGGCCUCUGAAGCCAUGGACUAGAGCUGCGUCUGGUCCUGACAGUCCCACGGUCAUCAGAUGGCUUUUCAACAACCCUCAGCAAAAAUACAGAAAAUGACAACGUGAAGUCUGGCGUCCACCAAGGCCACCGCUGCACCUUGGGCAGCGCACACACAUGAUCACAUGACUCUGGACAUGGACGCGGUCCUGUCAGACUUUGUUCGGUCCACGGGGGCAGAACCGGGUCUGGCAAGAGACCUGCUGGAAGGUAAAAAUUGGGACCUCAGUGCUGCUCUGAAUGAUUAUGAGGAGCUCAGGCAGGUCCACACUGCCAACCUGCCGCUGGUCUUCAACGAGGGCCGCUACUACAAGCAGCCAGAGACACGUGACACGCCCACCCAUGUCAGCAAGAUCGACAGGCCAUGUGCACAGAAGCAGGAGGACAAUGCACAAGAGAAGCGUCUGUCCCGCGGGAUCUCCCACGCCAGCUCUGCUAUCGUCUCGCUGGCGCGGCUGCAGGUGGCCAGUGAGUGUACCAGCGAGCAGUUCCCUCUUGAGAUGCCCAUCUACACAUUCCAGCUACCAGAUCUCAGCAUGUACAGCGAGGAUUUCAGGAGCUUCAUAGAGAGAGACCUGAUCGAGCAGUCCACCAUGAUGGCUCUGGAGCAGGCCGGCCGUCUGAACUGGUGGUCCACCAUGUGCACUAGCUGUAAGAAGCUGCUUCCUCUGGCCACCACAGGGGACGGGAACUGCCUUCUGCAUGCUGCCUCUUUAGGGAUGUGGGGCUUCCAUGACAGAGACCUGAUGCUGAGGAAAUCCCUGUAUACCAUGAUGAAGAGCGGAGCGGAGAGAGACGCUCUGAAGAGGAGGUGGAGGUGGCAGCAAACCCAACAGAACAAGGAGUCGGGGCUGGUGUACACUGAGGAGGAGUGGGAGAGAGAGUGGAACGAGCUGCUGAAGUUGGCCUCCAGUGAGCCUCGCACUCACCUCAGCAAAAACGGCAACACCAGUGGAGGGGUGGAUAACUCUGAGGAUCCGGUCUAUGAGAGUCUGGAGGAGUUCCAUGUGUUUGUGCUGGCCCACGUGUUACGCAGGCCAAUUGUAGUGGUGGCGGACACCAUGCUCAGAGACUCAGGAGGAGAAGCGUUUGCUCCCAUCCCGUUUGGAGGGCUCUAUCUUCCUCUGGAGGUUCCUCCGAGCCGCUGCCACUGCUCUCCUCUGGUCCUAGCCUACGAUCAGGCUCACUUCUCCGCACUGGUGUCCAUGGAGCAGAGAGACCAGCAGCGAGAGCAAGCUGUUAUCCCUCUGACUGACUCGGAGCACAAGCUGCUGGCACUCCAUUUUGCCGUGGACCCUGGCAGGGACUGGGAGUGGGGGAGGGACGACAAUGAUAAUACCAAGCUAGCCAAUCUCAUCUUGUCUCUGGAGGCCAAACUCAACCUGCUGCACAACUACAUGAAUGUAACAUGGAUCCGAAUUCCAUCUGAAACAAGGGCUCCCCUCGCUCAGCCAGAGUCUCCCACAGCCUCUGCAGGUGAGGAUGUCCAGUCUCUAGCUGAGUCUAUGGACUCUGACCGCGAGUCUGUCGGCAGCAACUCUAACGUCAACAACGGCAAGCCCAGCAAGGAGAAGGACAAAGACAAGCAGCGCAAGGACAAAGACAAGAGCCGGGCUGAUUCUGUAGCCAACAAACUAGGUAGCUUCAGCAAAACCUUGGGAAUCAAGCUGAAGAAGAACAUGGGAGGUCUGGGUGGCCUUGUGCACGGAAAAAUGAACAAAUCUAACUCUGGCUCAGGUCGUAGUGGGGAGAAUGGAGGGGAAAAGACAAAGAAAAAGGAAUCUAAGACAACCAAAGGGAGCAAGGAGGAGUCGGGCCAGUCAGCCAGCUCCACUUCCUCUGAGAAGACCACUAGUCCAUCCCCUACAGACAGAGACGGACCCUCCAGCUCCUCCCCCCCAGGGAGACAGGACAGUGCAGCGAGAGACAAGACCCUGGAAAACUGGAAAUACAGCACCGAUGUCAAGCUCAGCCUCAACAUCCUGCGGGCUGCCAUGCAGGGGGAGCGCAAGUUCAUUUUUGCAGGCCUCCUGCUCACCAGCCAUCGACACCAGUUCCACGAGGAGAUGAUCAGCUACUACCUGACCAAUGCCCAGGAGCGCUUCAGCCAGGAGCAGGAGCAGAAGAGGAAGGAGGCCGAGAAGAAGCCGCCUGCCACUAACGAGGUGGCCGUGAAGAAGCCCGAGCAUGAGAGUGUCUUCCAGAGGGAGAGAUCGGACAGCUCGCCACCGGAGAGCUGCUCUCCCGUCCUGCCCCACCACACCCACACCUACAACCACAACUCCCAGCCCCCACUGGGUCUCAAGAUGCAGGGCAGGAACAGUCCCACUCCUGCAGCCCCUCUCAUCUCUGUCCCAGUCCCUCCUCUCACCCCGCCAACAGCCUCCCACCAUGUCCCCCACCCAGCCCCAGCCCCUGCGCCUUACUCCUCCCCCAGUAUUGGUGCUAAGAGACCUGGGCCCGUUCCCGUGUCUGCCCACUACAGCCAUACACCGCCCAUCCAGCGGCACAGUGUGAUUCACUUACAAGAUGUCAACUUGCAAUCCUCCAUCUUCCAAGAUGACCCCUAUAAGCCUGUGGUGGGCACCCUAAAGACAUGCGCCACCUACCCCCAGCAGAACCGCACACUCUCAUCCCAGAGUUACAGCCCCGCUCGACUGUCCGGGGUCCGCACUGUUAACACCAUAGAGACCCUGUCCUACAACAUGCCUGGCGAACACAAGUCUCACACCUACACCAAUGGAUUCAACGCGGGGGACAUUCAGGACUGCUUGGAGUUUGCUGAUGAGGACAACUCGUCUCACACCUGGCUCAACCAAGAGAAAACCAAAGGGCGGAGCUCUGGAAGCCCUUUGUACUGCUUUCAGCAGCGCCGCUGCAAGAGGGAGAACUGCUCCUUCUACGGCAGGUCAGAGACAGACAACUACUGCUCCUACUGCUACAGAGAGGAGCUGAAACGCAAGGAGAGGGAGAGCAAAGUGCAGAGGCCCGCAUAGCCAUCACAGCCACUUCAGCCACAUGUCAGCAAGGCCGCAGGAGACGUGAAGGAACGACACCAUCUGCACUCUGCAUUUAGAAUAACAUGAUGGCAAACAUUUUCCUAUUUUGUUGAAGAAUGCUCUUGUAUUCCUGUCACCCCUCCCUUGUUAGUAAAGAUUAUUACUUUGUGAUAGGGGAAGCAGAACUUGAAACAGUGAGCAGCUUUGGCCAGAAAUUGUGCUGUGUUUUUUUGUUUUUUUUGUCUCAUUGAAGUUAGUCUUUUACUUGUUUUAGAGUAAAAGUCAUCUCUCUGUGAUAUAACGUUCUGUAUGUGAGGGAAAGUUCUUUAUUUUUUAAAGUACAAAAAGAUUUGCAUCUCAUCAGGAGGGAACAUUUUAGCUCUUUUCAUCAGUUUGAAUGCAAUACCUCUGCUUGGUUCUUCAAACAUUUGUAGUUGUUUUGCAAUCAAAAGAAAUUCAAUGGGAGAUUAAUAUUAGACUUUAAAGCAAUAAAUUGGUGAUUUUUGCUACACCCUCUCCCAAUUUUGUCUAUGCACCAAUAAUAUAGUUACUGUAGGUUAACUGUGUCUUGUAAAUUGUAAAGGAUUGUCACGGUGUGCUUUUGUAAACAAAUUUGAACUACAGGAAUUAAAAUGUGUAAGCAUUAUAGAUUGUAAUCUUGGAUUAGGAUGAAAAUGUAAAACUAUCUCAUUUGUUAAGUGUACCUUUGUUCUUGCCACAGUACAAGGGUUUCCUGUGUCAGAAUUGGACUCAAGAUAAUGUGUAAGAUAUCAUUUCACAUUUGCACCCGAAGUCGACCUCCUUAAGUCCACGAGCACUGCCAAACUGGCUUCCUUAAAAAAGAUUACAAUUCGAAUUUUUCAAAAUGUUUUCUGUGGCAAACACCGAACAGUGUGCAGAGGAUCAAUUGCUUCUGAAAUAUGCAGUGUUUAUGGUGUGUUUCUCUGAGUCGCCUGUUAACUACUCUAUUCGGUUAAUGUGUUAGAUGAGAAGAAUUGUGGGUAGUGAGAGCAGGCCGAUGCGUAUUUGUCUGAAGUGUGAUUACGUGUCUCUUCCCCUCCACACAAACAACACAAUGUGCAAUCAUGCUAUUAGCACUAUGUGGUGACCUGCAGUAUAGAUGUGUCACUGGUCCAGUGUGAGAUUGUCUGUUCUUCCAUAUCUAGAGGCCGUUUAAAAGAAGCACCUGCUGCUAAGAGCACCUCAAGCCUUUGUGAUCAUCAGUGCUUUAACCAAUCAGUGGGUUUGUAAAACCCCGGGCCUCCAAGUGCUUUCUGCUCAUUCGACAUGACUACUGUAACGACGCAGUGUUUGUGUUGCUGUUUGUUCUGGUGAUGCUUGGAUAAUGUACCAUGCUGUCCUUACCUAAGUGUGUCCUGGCCAAGGAUGUCCACUGCUCCCUGGGUUUGCUUCUGUCUCUCUCCUGUACACACUGCAGUGUUGCUCCUCUUUGUUUCUAUGUGACAAGUUCAUGGACUCUCACCAUGUUAGGACUGUAAGAUAUGAUUUUGUAUUCCUUUAAGAGUUUUACACUACUUUAAAUUAUUAAUUUGCACAUUAGGUACAGAUGUAAAUAUGAAAAAAAAUAGUUUAUUGUUACAAACAUGGUGUGUCUGCGUCAUUUUUGUAUUUCCUCAAGGCGGUUAUCAUCAGGAAAUCUAGAGAUUAUAGAGUUUAUUUUUAGGCUGAUGAUUUUCUAAAUCAAUAUUCAAUCACGUUACCAUUGAGAUCAUGUUGUUUAGGUUUCUCUUGAUCCACAUACGUUACAAUACACUUUGUUUGCUAUUGAUUAGCUUUUAUCCUCUUUUCCUUUUUCUAGUAAGGCCUAAAAGCAGACGAUAACUGGUUAAAUGACUGUAUUAGGGUACCAGAACUAAUCACAACUGAAUAUGGUUAUGUUGUUUUAAACAACAAUCACUGAGGAUGAUUAUUUGAACUGUCACACUUUUCCCUGAAAAGUACAAUUGGCAUUAGCAUAGCUUAGCAGCAUCUUUAAAGGGGUACACCACUUUUAACAUUGCACUUCUAUAAUGUUGAUGGACUUGUGAGAGACUGCAACAAAGACCGAAAUAUGCUGAUUUUUUUGUUGCAAAUGUGGGUCAAGCUCCAAACAGACUGGAUCCUACAAUUCCUAGUUUCCCAGAUUCAACAGUUUCUAUUGUAAAACCCUUCUGGCUGGUCUUUUAAACUCCAUGCCCCAACUUUGUAACACCGACUUUAAAGAGUUUAAAGUCCCAAAGCUGAAGCUGAGAUAACCCUGAUGAAAUCACCAGGGUUAACUUCUCAGACUUGACAAAGCUUCUCCAGAGCCUCACGAGACAUUAUACAACUGCAAAGUACUUCACACGAACUGCUCUUCAUGUCUAAAAUCAGUGCAGUGGCCCUUUAAGAGACUAUUUGUCUCUAAAAUAGGACACUUUCUAUGGUUAUUUGAAAAAGGUAAUUAAUCUUGCUUUUUGAAUGAGUCAAACAAAAUAGAAUGAGGGGAACAUUUCCACCAAAAUCCUUCUGAGAUUACAGCGUUGAGAUUCUUGGGAGUGAACUGACAAGUAGGGCAGCACUCCAGACUUGGAGCUCUAGCUGCUUUAUUCCUCCAGAGAUGCCUCGGCAUUGGCAUUAGGGUCGAUGCCACGCAGCGAAAGAGGCUUUGGAAAAGCAGCAGAAAGUCAGCAAGUGCAUUCAUGUGAGAGUGUCCUCCAACCCUGCCAUGGUUAAAUCUGGUGAUGGCUUCCUGUAUGCGAGCAAAUGUCAAGACAAAUGGUGUCAAACACUCAGUGACUCAAAUGACUCAGAGGAAAUUCAAAGAAAUGGCUAAUUAUUUAUUUACCUUUCUAGAUAUGAAUGGAUUAAUUUAAUUACAGCUUAAUUAAAUCUUCAAAUGCCGAGAAAAGCAGCUUGUGAGAAUAACAGAGUGAGAAGGGAUUCAUUGUAGCACAUUAAAAGCUGUGACCAAAGGCUUCCAGUCAAAUGAUCAUCAUUGGAUAUACACAAGCAUGGUUAAGUAAAUAUAGAGUGUCUUUAGGGUUGUUUUUAAAAUUUCUAGCUGGCAGCAUGGCUCUAGUGAUGUCAGUCAGUUGCUCCACCACGAUUGAAUAUAUCGUCAUAGCAUUUUGCACAGACAAUACUUUCCCCCUAAUAAUGAAUUUGUAAAAACGUUUGCAUUCCCCUAACUUUACCUCCUCCUAACUCUCUUUGUUUUAUGAAUGGAUGACGGCAAGACUAAUGACAUUCCCAUCAGCCCCAGCUGUACUUGUGUUCAGUGCAAGUGUUAGCAUGCUUAAAUGCUCACCUAAGCUGAGGAACAAGGUAAAAUUGUUUAAAUGUUAGCAUUGAACUCAAAGCAACACUGUGCCGAAGUACAGCCUCAAAGAGCCUCUAGCAUGGCUGUAUACUGUAAGGUCUUGUUAAACUAUUAGGCACCCACAGAUUGCAAUAAGUGAGGAGAGAAAUAGUGACCUGUACAGUAAAUAUAAGUUUAGGCAGAGUAACAAAUCAGUCCCUGUCUCUGUCAGAACUCCCAAAUGCAAAUGUAGAAAGAAAAGGAAGAACAUCUUUUUCGAUAAAAGAGUAUGAGGUAAAGUUAGCCUUUGCUUUUUUCAAGAAUCCAGAGUCUGUAUUGUAGCAGCUGGCUGAGUUGGUGGAGUGAGAGUGAGGAGAACGUUGCAGUAGCCUGUAAUGAGUGGGAUGAAUUGCAUACUUCUGACUGAGAUAUAGUCUCGUGACUGGGCUGCUAGAGACAACAAUGUGGGUUGACUUCUCCAACUGUUUCCCCCGUGCUUCAGGUCACAUCUGUGGACUGCGGCUGCUAAUAAUAUGGAAUGACUUGUUAAGUUUUGAAGAUGACUUACAUCUCCACGUGAUGUCUAAUGUUAGUCACACAAUGGCACAUGAGGGGUCCUUUUCUUCCCAGCAAUGUAUCCCCGAGCUCUUGAAUCCUGCGUCCUCCAUAACAAGUGCUGAAUGAGACAGAGUGCAUUGUCUUCUUUCUUGGAUCCCCUUUUCUCAGAAUUCCCUUUGAAUUUGCAUGAGGGACCUCCCUUUGCUUUUCAAAGCAACAAAGGGCUCUAUCAGGCAUGCAGCAGUCGUUUGGCAGGCCUCUCAUCCUCUCAACACAGCCUCCAUGUUUUGUUAGAUUCACUCAACUCAUUAAAACUAAAACACCAGGAUAUAGUAAUUCUGAAUUGCCUAUUAUUUCCCUUUCAGAUGCAUCUGUCUCCUUCCUCACAUAAUAAGAACCCAUUAGAGGCCUCAAUGCAACACAAUAGUUCAUAAAUAUAGAUUUUUAUGAUAAGCAGUUGUCCCAUUAAGAUAGUGAAAAUAAAAAGUGGGUAUAUGAAGUGAAUAUUCCGAUCGUCUUUGUACAAUUCUGGUUUACUAGACUGUAAGGCUCUACCUGACAGUAUUUACAGGGCUGUUGUGUUUUAAGCAGGUUGAUGCCUUUGAUGCCUCCGCUGCAGUGAGUGGUAAUGCCAACCCCCCCACACACACACACACACACACACACACACACACACUCCCAUAGCUAAGCCUUGUUCUCAGCCAGUGCCAGCCUCCAAUAUCUGAGCUCAUCCCACCCGCUCUGCAGGAUCUAGCGCCAGCCCCGCCAUGCACUGCACUCAAGAGUGGGUGGCAUCACAUGGCCUCUCAGCCUGCCUUCUGGGGCUUGGCAUGGAGGAAGAGGGACGUACACACACACACACAAACACACACACACACAGGCCUCUGUGCGAUUAAGACCACUACUGCUACUGCUGCCACUGCUGACCACAUCUCUCCCUUCUUUUCUGUGGAUUAAUUCUACUGAGUCUCAAAGUCAGCGAUGCCCACACACCUCAGUGGAGCAUAGACCCUUUCCAGGCCACAAAGUCUCCCACGCUCUAGACUUUGAGUGUGUCGGGUGCACCAAUCAGCAGCGGGUACCACCAAACACCCACCCCCUCAUCCUCAUCUUCCAUCUCUCUCACACGAUGUACUGUGCCUUUCCUAAGACAAUGCAUUUGAAAUAACUCGUGGUUGAGGUUCUCGCCACCCUGUAAAUCACUGAGUUAAUUCUGCGUGCAGAACUUCACCUGGAGACUGGGUGCUCGGGAGUCGAUAAUCCAAAGAAAAGGCGUGACUGAAGAGAUAAAUCAGUCAAACUGAAACUACCUCCGCCCCCACAUCCUGUCUGCAGGGUGAUACCAGCCGAGAUGAGCUGUCACUGCUUAUAUAACUGUGUGUACUUUGCCCCGCUUCUGCAGCAAUACAACUCACUACAAAGGAGAGAAUGUGUCAUCCUCAGAAUAAACACGUGAUAGAAAGACGUGCAACCCAGAGAGUGGCUCAACCGCACAACCACCAAAACCUGAGAUCUUUCUUGUAAUCCAACAAGAUACGUGUGAAUGAGCUCAGUCAGUGGUUUGCUGAGGGUCCAGAGGCUCCACUUUCACACAGAGGAAAGAUACAAGAUGUGUAUAUUUUGAAGCCCUAUUUUCCUUGACAACAGCUCCCUGCCAACAUUCAAUGCUUAAAACAAUCAAAAAUAAUGAGUUAAAUAUAAACACACAAAAAUGUCUCUCAUGUUGCCACACAAAUAUGAAAGACAAGCUCUGGGAACAUGCCGGCUGUGAUGGCACACCAAGUUGUGUGGUGGUGCCAGGGGUGGCAGCUUGUCUGUUCGUGUAGUGUGGUGUGCUAGUAGCUCCAACCUGCCUGGAGACAGGAGGUGUACAGAUUGAGCAGGGAGAACACCAGGCUCCUCAUCAAAAAUGUUAAUGGCUUUGUUUUUUCUCUUCCUUCCUGUCUCGUUCCACAUCGCGUGAUUCAUCAUGGAGCGGGAGAGGACACACCUGCAGUCUCUGCAUGGUGUUGAUGGGCACACUUGGCUUAAGUGAAGGAUAAAUGCAUGUUGAGCAGCACAUGCAGAUGGAGUGAGAAACUGCUUUUUGUGUGUCAGACGGGUUUAAACGUGUACUUUGCUCAGUGGGAAGCUACAGUUGAUAGUGAAUCAUCCAUUUCUCUGUAUUUGCAAGUGCACUCGGUAAAUACAGGAAACCUCGCACAAUAUAUCAUUCUAUCGGGCCUGGAAUACAAUAGGGAAGGAAGGAGUCCCCAGCAUUUGGUGCCCCGCCCAUUGUUGAUACCCCCAGCAGUUACUGUAAAUAUUUGCAUGGGUGAAAUGAGGGAACAAGGUGUACUUCCUGUUCCUGCAAGAAAAAUACUGAAGCGCAUGGCACACUUGUGAGGAAACUCUGUCUAACUGAGUAAUAUCCACCCAUUUAUACAGUUCUCUGCUGUAACUCUGCUCUAAUGAUUAAAAUACUUUGGAUCAAUACAAGGAAAUUCCUUAGGUGGGGUCUGAUACACAUCUGACAUUAAAUAAAAACACACUCUUUCUCUUAAAAUUAAAAUGUUAAAUUUGUAAACAACAAAACACACUCUUCACUUCACGCUUCACUUGGUAUGACCUUUAGCUUAUGGUGACUAAUGUUAGCUUAUGCAACAGACAUAACUGUGUCACUUCCCUGACUUAAAGGAAUAGUUUGACAUUUUGGGAUUCACUUUCUUGCUGAGAAUUAGAUGGGAACAUGGAUACAUCACUCUCAUAUCUAAACAGUAAAUAUAAUGUUAGGGCUACAGCUGAUUAACUUAGCAUUAAGACUGGAAACAGGGGGAAUCAGCUAGCAUGGCCUUGUCCAAAGCUAACAAAAUCUGCCCACCAGUACCUCUGAAGUUCAUCAAUUCAUAUUUUGUAACAGAAAAGGAAAUGAGUACAAAACAACAUUUUAGCUGCUUAUUUUAUGAAUUUAUUUCCAAAUGUAAACUUCACUAUAUCAUGCAUACAAGUUAUGACAACAUACAUUAUUCAACAAUCUGUUAUUUUUCAUAUUUGCAUAGGACAUGGUCACAAUAUAUUGUCUAACAUGUAGAAAAUAAUGCCAUAAAAAGGUACAGCAGAGCAGCUAAGACCAGCACAUUAAAUGUGUGUAGAACCCGAGGAACUGUACAACUGUAAUACUUGUAUGUAGUGAUUUUGGUUUGCUGAGAGAGAAAAAACAAAAUGACACCUGAAGGUUAGAGUGAGGUCUUAAGAAAAUGUACUGGCCAUAGCUGAGUCGAGAGUUAUUUACAGAUUAGAUUAUACUGGUGCUGAAAGGGGAAGCAGCACCAUGGAGUCACUACAACAGGCAACUGAUGGUGAUGGGCAGAGGACAAACACACAGAGGUAUCGAGAGAGCGACGUUACACUGAGGAGGUACACUGAGGACAAACAGGUACAGGAACCAGAACCAAAAGGCUGGUGGGUGGCUCUCUCUCUUUGUAAUUAAAGGGAGGUCAUUCACAGCACGCUGUGCUGCAUAACCUGGAACAGACUAAUCCUUUGAGGGCAAACAUAUCCAAAGCUUGAGCAAAAUGCUUUUUUGUCAGUGUGCAUUUCUGCUUUUUUGUCAGCGUGCAAGAGCAAAUGCCGCACAGUGUCAGUUUGAGCAGUCAAGCAAGAUCACAUGGUCAGUGAAGGGUACAGACAGAUGUGGUCUACUCCUCUGCACAGCCCUACUCUUUUGUUUCUCGUCUUUUUACUCAGUCAGAAUUAGUUUGCUCGUAAGAUUUAACAGGUUUUUGUUCAUUCAAGUGAUUUUCAAAAAGAAAGAAAAAAAGAAAAGAAAGCUUGCUUAUUUGAGAUGUAGAAAAAGGUCCGUAUCAAGCACAACAUCCAUUAAUCAACACCUACAGCAUAUAAAGUUGAACCCAAAUGUCCAAACUGGGUUGGGUUCAAAGUUACUGCCACAUUCAUCUUUCCCUUCAUAGCCUUUGGUAACAACUCGUAACUGUGGAGCCUUUGAUGAGCUGCGAGAACUCAAAGCUCCUUCUCACUCUGAAGAACCUCUCUCUCCUAUCAUGCCUCUUAAAACAUUAUAUCCCGAGCUUCAGGGCUUUGUCACGAGGGAGGACAUGCAUCAGUAUGUCCUUGUCUUUUAAAUAUUACAUAUCAGAAUACUUACUAAAAUAUUGCAUGUGUGUUGUUCAUUCAAAUUGGCUAAGCCUAUAGAGCCUGCAGAGUAGAAAGGAGAGACUAAACCACUGGGAAAUGUUGACAAUGAGAAACGUACCUUGUGCACAACGCACAAUGUGUAAAACCUCACAGUCAAGACAGACUUCGAUUCAUAACCUACAAAAACGCAUCGGGUCCAUGAAAGCAGCACAUUUAUAGCAAAUGCAAUUUUCAAUCCUUUGGAAUGGUUGGGCGUUCGUCAUCAUUAAGAUUGUUUAUGUCAAAAAAAUACCUGCAAUAAGCCAUUAUACAUUGCUAGAAUAUUGUACAGCCAAAAAAAACAAAGUACAAAUUAAAUAAAAAGAACCAAAUGAAGACAAAGCUACACAAUCAAAAUGUUUACAUAAAGCAGAAAAGAAGUAUUUAACUUAGAGCACUUGCAUAUCAAAUAUGCAGAGUUGCUUCUUUAAAUCCUGUACAUCACAUAAAAACAUGUCACACUUUAUAAAACUGUACAAGUUUGUUAAAUGUCUGAUAGUAGCUAGAUUUUUUUUACCCUCAACUUUUGUAUCUUGAUGAAGUUACCAUUAUAGUUUUGGCACACAAUUGCAUCGAUCAUGCUUGUACACUGAGACCAGUCAUGAAGAUGAGACGAUCUGAUCGGUGAUAUAUUCAUGUGAUUGAUGGGAUUUUUAAAAAUAAGAUUCAUGUUAGUUCUUUACAUACUAGGCAGCAACCAAUUAACUUUAAUAUAAUUUUACAAUUAGCAGAAAAAAAUAUUAACUGGUACACCGUUAGCAUCUUGUAGAAACCUUGUAUUUUGCUGUAUUUCCAUUUUGUUGUUGUUUAAUUAAAGUCAUUUAUUUUCUUUGACAGAUGUCCAAAGCUGUAAUGUGGGAUUACAAUCACAAUGUAGGAUUAAAAAAUGCUGAAGUAAAGUUUCAAAGUAAAUUACAGCUGACAUCAUCCCUCAUGUAGAACAUGUUUAAACUAAGAUAAAUACAUUGAGCUCAGUAGAGGAGGGGUGUUUUAAAUAUCUGUGUAACAUAAAAUAAUAAAAAUAAGGUUUUAUUAUUUCCCGGAAAGAUUACGUUUAGAAUCUACAAGGAUGUGCAAGACCCUGACAACAUGGGAUGAUUAUAUAAAAUUUAGCCCAGUGUUUUUUUUUUGUUUGUUUUUUAGUUUUACAGAAAAAAAGUCUCUUUCUUCAUUCAAGUAGGGACAAAUAAAACCACCAAUUAUUUGUGCUACUCAUCAAGCAAACGUAAGCUACAUGAUGGAUGUUUUGAAAAGAUAUGAAGGUACAACAAAAGUCAAAUAUUUCAAGAGGUAUGAUUUUUGAAAAAUAUACAAGCAUUUUAUAUGAGACAAAUAAAACAAUAAUAUAAAAUCAUGACUACAUUGCUAACUCACAAUGCUGUGGUCUCUAUUCAUAUGGAAAACUUUCAAAAGAAUCUAAAUAAUAAAGAAAAUUA